AUGAUGAAGUCAGACACAGUCGGACAGUUACAAGCACGUGAGUGGUCUCAAUUGAUUGGUUAUUCCAUGCCUGUGUUGGGCGCCAAUAUCACAGACACAAAUGCUGUUGCCAAGCAUCCACUGUCUGCGUCUGCCGGGUUAAUCAACGCCACACUCGCACCUUCAGCGUUUUCUGCACAAGUCAUGAACCCGAAUGCAUUGCAAACGACAAGCGGCAUUCUCUACGGUGGACGUUUCCACACUGUGCCAGAGUUCGAUUUUGGUUCUAGCAUUACCGGGGAGGAGUUCGCGAGCAAUUUCGUGAGCUACAAUUCACCACGACUUAUGUCUGCAGGUAAGUUGGCUUUACGGGGGGUGUCUAUCGAUGCCAUUCCAUUCAAUAUGAGCAAGCUCUCUGACUUCUGCCGGCUGAGUACUGAUGCAAGCGGAGCUACAACCCUAAGCAAUGACUCUCCAUUCUUUGAUGGCUUUGCUCCUCUCGUAGUCUACAACCCCUCUGGAGUGACAAUUGAAUACCUUGUCUGUGUUGAAUGGCGGUGCAGAUUUGAUGCAACAAACCCUGCACAGGCAGGACAUGUUAUGCACCGUCCAAGCACAGACAACCAAUGGCAUGCGGCCAUAGAUCAUGCGAUGAAGAUUGGAAACGGCGUCAAAGACAUUGCUGAGUCUGUUGCAGCCGUAGGUUCCAUUGUCCGCAAUGCCUUUGUGGAUAGUCCGCAUUUUGUGGACCUCACAAAGCGACCCACAUUUUUCAAGUCUGUCACUCUCGAUCUUUCCGCCAGCGGUGUCAAUUUGAGACAGCAGAUUUUCCAUUUGAGCCCGUCCAGGAAAUACCACGUGUUCGCCAAAGAGCAAAUAGACGCAGAGAUGGAAGGAAUGUUCCACCUUUCACAAUUCAAGUCAAAGAAGUGGACACAUGAACGCUUCGAGAACACAUUCAAUCAACUCUUGCGUCAAGUCGACCCCAAAUACAGAACAAAAGCGAAGAUCAAGCUCGAACCAAUGGGGACUAAACCUGACGGAUCUGCAAAACCGCCCCGCUUGCUUAUUGCUGAUGGAGACCACGGACAGAUCAUGUCAUUGCUCACGAUUAGCAUCUUCGAACGGCUGCUCUUUAAGAAAUUCCACAACCGAAGCAUCAAGGGAAGAUCCAGGCGGAAAGCCUUGCAGGAUGUUGUGUCCUACCUCAGACCACCAAAGAAGUAUGUUGGAUCCACUCUACGUGGUCCCGUCGCUCCUAUGGUUGAGGGUGAUGGAUCGGCAUGGGACUCAUGCUGCUCGAAACGUCUCCGUGACUUAGUAGAGAAUCCCGUGCUGAAGCAUAUUGCCACACAUCUGCUUGAAUACUUUGUGGUUCCCCCUCAGUGGGAAAAAGAGCAUGCCAACAUGAACACAUCCGACCGGUACUUCUUGGAGUUCAAGGAAAAGCUGAUCACUUAUUUCGUGCAGCUUAAGGGCAUACGCCGGUCAGGUGACGACUCUCUUGCUCGUAUAUGUCGCGCACUCGGUAGUCGUGAAGAGGACCCUCGCACAGAGUACUUUCUUUCAUUUUGGCGCCGCCUCGGUGUUGACAUGAAAAUACGCAGAUGUGGGCUGCAGCCUGACAACAAACCAUAUUCGGAGUUCAUUGGCACGCACUUCUUGCUUGACGAGCAGCUUGAUCUGGAAGGCACUUUUGUGCCCGACUUGGUGAGGAAUCUGAGCAACAACAGCUCCACAACACCAGGUACAUUGCAAGCAUUUGAGCAAGGCAAAUUUCACACCAUCCGGCAGACUUCGGCUGCAGCUGCAUUGUCCAGUGCACUUGAUUACGCGGGCAUACUCCCUCUACUGUCGAUGAAGUAUCUCCAGUAUGCCAAUCAGUGUUAUGCCAGCGAUUUUCACAAUGAUGACCUCUCCUUUUUGGCCUCCGGGGAGGUGGGGACUUCUUCCCACUCUGUCAUACAGAUCAUCAACCGUUUGAAUUGUGAGGUAGACAUCGUCAAACCAGAUCAAAAGAGCGCUGAGGACCACACCCACUCG